GCCCUGCCCUAUAUAUAAUGGAGGAAAUUUCCUUGUACUCUAAGUUUGCAGAGGGCUCCUGUCACGAAUGGGCAUUGAACCGAUCGUAUGAUUUUUCCAUUUUAUUCUGUUAAUGUGGUGAAUUACACGGGUUGAUUUUGAAUGUUGAACCAACCUGGAACUGUUUAGAUAAAACCCACUUGGUCUAUGUAUAUAAUCAUCUUUUUGAAAUCUUGCUGCAUUGGUUCUGCUAAUACUUUAUGGAGGAUGGUUGCAUUCAGGUUUAUGCUGGUCUUCAGUUCUAGGCGAUUUUCUGGAAUUAUGUGUUUGAUUUUAUAAAUGGAUACAGCUCUUCAUUAAAGAUGAUUUUCAAAAAUACUGCUUCCCGUGAUUUCUAGGCAUGUGCGGCUGGGAGGUUCUCCUUUCAAAUACCAUCUUUUCUACCGCUGAGAAAAUGGCUAAAUAAGAUGAUUUUACUAUAUUUUUUCCUUUUGCAGAAGAGAGUUUAUUGGUUUCUAGUUUAUAUUUUAUAGCCAUAUGAUUAAAAGAUCAGGGGAUAGGGUCUCCUGGGUGGCUCAGUCAGUUAAGCCUCUGACUUUGGCUCAGGUCAUUAUCUCGUGGUCUGUGAGUUCGAGCCCCACGUCGGGCUCUGUGCUGACAGCUCAGAGCCUGGAGCCUGCUUCGGAUUCUGUGUCUCCUUCUCUCUCUGCCCCUCUGCCUCUCAUUCUCUCUCUCUCUCUCUCUUUCUCUCUCAAAAAUAAAUAAACAUUAAAAAAGAAGUUCAGGGGAUAUAGUGUAUAUAGGAUAUUUUAAAAAGUAUUAUAAUUUAUUUUAUCUUGGAAUUAUAGAUAAUACUUAGAAUUUAAAACUUCAAGUCACAAAAAUUUAGAAGUUUUGGAUCCUGUCUUUGGCAUUUAGUGGCUAGGGCCACUAGCUCUCUUGUAUGCUUGCUUCAUUGCAUCGAAAAAAGUAAUUUAUGUCUUUUUUUCUAAUUUAAGGGUUGGGUGGGAUGAAUGAGACUGGCAGAUGAUCAGGUACCUUCUCCCUUUCUCUGCGGCCUGACAUCGUCUGUAAAUGUUUGCUGAAUAUGAGAGCAGAGCAAGGCACCAUCUUAGAUGAAACCGUAUUAAUUUCAUGUGAAUAAAAAAAUGGGUUGAUUUUGGUCCCUGGAGCGCAUUCCUCUUGCCCUCAAUUUGUGGUCUCUCCUUGAUUUCUCAGGUCUUGUGUUAUCAUCUGUGUUGGGUAUUAAAUCAUGGGGAGGAAGCUGGACCUGUCUGGUCUGACCGACGACGAAACGGAGCAUGUCCUCCAGGUGGUUCAACGAGACUUCAAUCUUCGCAAAAAAGAGGAAGAACGGCUAAGCGAGAUGAAGCAGAAGCUGGCCGAGGAAGGCAGCAAGUGCAGCAUCCUCUUGAAGCACCAGAAGUUCGUGGACCACUGCUGCAUGCGCUGCUGUUCGCCCUUCACCUUCCUGGUCAACACCAAGCGCCGGUGUGCCGACUGUCAGUUCAACGUCUGCAAGAGCUGCUGCUCCUACCAGAAGCACGAGAAGGUGUGGAUCUGCUGCGUCUGCCAGCAGGCCAGGCUUCUGAGGACCCAGUCUCUGGAAUGGUUCUACAAUAACGUGAAGAGUCGCUUCAAACGCUUCGGCAGUGCUAAGGUCUUGAAGAACCUGUACAGGAAACACCGGCUGGAGAGCGGGGCGUGCUUCGAUAUUCUAGGAGGAAGCUUUUUCGAGGCAAACCUGGAGAAUGAAGGAAGUGUGUCAGGCAGUGAUUCAACAUUUUAUAGACAGUCUGAAGGACACAGCAUGAUGGACACAUUGGCUGUCGCCCUGCGGGUGGCUGAAGAGGCCAUCGAGGAGGCAAUUUCCAAAGCAGAAGCCUAUGGGGACAGUCUGGACAAGCAGAAUGAGGCCAGUUACCUGCGGGACCACAAGGAGGAGCUGACGGACGAACUGGCCACGACCGUCCUGCAGAAGAUCAUAAGAAAACAGAAGAACAAAGGCGAGCAGCAAAUGGGAGAAGAGCCAGAGUGGUCACAGCCCCAGAGCUGCAGUGCAGAGGCCGCUGAUGAGGGGACCGCAGCCCCCCCGGGAGGCCCCCGAGCUCCCUCCACCCUCUGGCGAUCCCAGUCUGCGUUCUCACUCACCAGAGAAGAUGCCCCGAGGACCCCUUCGCUGGAGGCUCUGUCAAGGCCGCCCAGGGGCCAGGACCAGCCACCGAGGGAGGAGGCGGCCUUGCCCAUCUGGAAGAGCGUGGACAGGCUGGACGACACAGACCUGGCCGCGGUUUUGCAGAGCCCCGACGGGAACUGGGUGGCCCUGAAAGAUGGCGCUCUGCCGCCCACCCGCCUGCUGGCCAAGCCCAAGAGUGGCACGUUCCAGGCCCUGGAGGCAGUCUCCCGCGUGACAUCUGCCUACGAGGAGAUGGGCUCCGAAAGUGAGGAGGACUUUGACUGGAGUGAGGCCUUGAGCACGCUGUGCCCGCGGCCCCCAGGCCUGCCCAGGAGCCCCCAGCCUCAGCCCACACAGGCCCAGGGUUCGGACCAAGGCCCCUCGGCCACCUCCGCCUCCUCCGGGCUCUCUCCCAACCCCGAGGCCAUGUGCUCCGACUCAGAGACGUCCUCUGCGGGCUCCUCCCGGGAAGCUGGGCGCCGGGCCAGACUGUCCUGGUUGCAGAGGAAGGCCCCCAGGGACCCCGCCGCGGAGAAGAUACGCCUGCAGGGAGAGCUGGACGUGAACUUCAACCCCCAGGCAGCCAGCAGGGAGACCUCGGACAGCAGCGAGCCCGAGGAGAUGCCCCAGGCUGCGGACCGGAAGGCCAGGAGGUGGAGAAGGGCCCGUGUGGGCUCAGAGGAGCCGAGCGAGGAGUUGUCUUCUCCCAAUGCCCAUUGCCAGGGGCUGGAUGCACAUCAGGCAUCCGGUGAUUUGUCGGAGACCGACACCAGCAACGACGCCAGGCACCCUCGGAGCCGGGCGGCCGCCACGGAAGAGAAACUGAGAAACAGGCUGUACGAGUUAGCAAUGAAAGUGAGCGAGAAGGAGACCUCUUCGGGGGAUGAUCAGGAGUCGGAGCCCAAGACGGAGUCUCAGAACCCCAAGGAGAGUCUGUCCUCUGAAGACAACAGCCAGGGCGUCCAGGAAGAGCUCAAGAAGAAGUAUUCUGCUGUUUCUCUCUGCAACAUCUCCACAGAAGUCCUGAAAGUCAUCAACGCCACCGAGGAGCUGAUAGCAGAGUCCGCAGGGCCCUGGGAGUUCCCACCUGUCCCUCCCGACAGAGAGAAGGGGACAUUUCCUCUUGGGACAGACCAAGUGAGACUGGAUGAACAGCUGACUUCUCUGGAAGAAAACGUGUACCUGGCGGCAGGCACCGUGUAUGGACUCGAAGGCCAGCUGAGUGAACUGGAGGAUGCCGCCCGCUGCAUCCACAGUGGCACCGAUGAGACCGAACUGGCAGAUCUGGAGGACCAGGUGGCCACGGCUGCAGCCCAGGUUCACCAUGCUGAGCUCCAGAUUUCUGAUAUUGAGAGCCGGAUUUCAGCCCUGACCAUUGCAGGAUUAAACAUAGCACCGUGUGUCCGCCUCACAAGAAAACGCGAUCAGAAGCAAAGGAACCAGGUACAAACCAUAGACACAUCAAGGCAGCAGAGGAGGAAACUGCCUGCCCCACCAGUGAAAGCCGAAAACAUUGAGGCAUCUUCAGUGACCACCAUCAAAACAUUUAACCGCAACUUCCUUCUCCAAGGCUCCUUGACAAACAGGACUAAUGAAAGGAAAAGCACCACCAAGGAUUUGAUGGAGCCCAGUCUGGCGUCUGCUGUGAUGUAUUAGUGCCACGGAGCUCCACUGCCAGUGACCCACUGCCUCCGGCCGUACACGACAGUGCCUUGACCCAACAGCCAUCCAAUACUGUACCGAUUUCCACCCGAGGAGGGGGCCUGGGGGGGCCAUGGUGCACCACUGCACAGGGCUGUCCUGAUACCUCACCCAGAAAGCAGCCCCAGACUUGAGCACUGCGGUCUUGCCCACUCGCUGCCUUAGGCUCCCAGGGGAAUCCAAGACAGAAAACCGAGACGCUGGCUUCCAACAACAGAGCUCCCUGUUCAAAAGACGCAUCUUCUCCGUGUUCGCUUCGCUACUGUGUGUUGUCUUUAAGAUCUCUCUUUUUUUUAAUCCCUUUGAUUCAACUGAAAUUAUAUGUCAAUAGUUAUUUGUCCAAAGGAGAACCGUUGGGAGCU